AUGGCUAGUCUACAGAUUCCCGACGAAGCGUUAGUAACCAUUAAAGACAAAGUCAUUUUGAUUACAGGCGGUUCCUCAGGCAUCGGUAGAGCGACAGCGGAAUUAUGCCUCCAGCUAGGAGCAAAAGUUGUCAUCGGAGACCUCAACCCCGCUCCAGAUGACCUGUCGAGCAUCAAGAACCUGAAAUUCAUAAAAGCGGACACCACCUCCUGGGACAGCCUGCGAAACCUGUUCAACCAAGCUGUAGAAGCAUUCGGGCGAAUAGACCACGUCUUCGCCAACGCCGGUAUUGGGCCGAAGACGGAUUUCCUAGAUGAAUCGCUCGAUGAAAACGGCGAGCUCGCACCCCCAGAUAUGCAGGUACUCAACGUCAACUUGAAUGGGGUGAUAUACACGACCAGAUUGGCCGUUCAUUAUUUUAGGAAGUUCGCAGGCCAGCAUGACGGGGUAGUCCCUGGAAGUAUUGUCCUCACAGCUUCCGCGUCGUCAUUCCAGGCCUUUGGCGGUCUGGAUUACGCCACGGCUAAGCAUGGUGUCUUGGGCCUGACGCGUGGCUUGGUCGGUCGACUGCCCCCGAGUGUCAGGGUGAACGCCAUUGCCCCGUCGUGGACGGUAACUGGUCUUGUUUCUGCUGAUAUCCUUGCGUCAUUGGGCGUGAUUGCGCAAGGCCCGGAGGUCGUGGCGAGAAGCGUGGUGCUUCUUUUUACUGACUCGGAGAGGAAUGGUCAUUUAAUCUACAGUUGGGAGGGCAAAUAUAAGGAGAUUGACAAGGCGGAGGGAGGGCUCCUCAGUGCGGCAAAAGACAUAAUUGGGAUCCCUGUUACUGAGGGGGAAGUCUUCCAGAAAAUGGAGGGACGCUCAAGCAAUGGGACGUAG